UAUAAAAUAUGGUAAAGAAAGAGAAAAAAGACAAGAAGGAAAAAGACAAGAGAGAAGAUAAAGGUAUGGUUGAGUAUAAAGUUGAAUUCUGAACUAAUUUGCUUUUUGAAAUGUGUUUUUAUGAUUUGUUUGAGAUUAAUUUUGUGUGAAGGAAAAGGUAUGAAAGAUAAGAAAGAUAAGAAAGACAAAAUGAAUAAAAAAGAUAAGAAGGACAAAUAUAAAGAUAAAGAAUAUAAAAGCAAAGCUGAUGAAGAGACCAAGGUUUCAGAAAAACAAUCAGUCGAUAAGAAAUCUGAAAAGAAAGAAGUGUAUGAAAACAAUAAAACCCCAAAUAAAAAUCGCUCUAAAUCCCCUCAAAAGAGUACCAAAAUCGAGCUCAAAAACUCCCCUAAGAGGGCUGCCGAUAAAGAUCUGCCUUUUCCCAAAGAAGGGCGUGACACUAAAUCGGUUUCAAAACUUCCCGGCCACCAGGACCUUAACUUCAGACCUCCGAAGAUAAAGCCGGCUGCUAAGCCGGUUCCUGAGAAGGUUCUGACUCGAGAGCAGUUCAUGGCCAAGAUGAGGGACAAAUGUCAGGGUUACACCUCUGAAGGAUACUUUUCCCAUGAAUACCAGGAGGAAGUAGCGUGGAAGGUGGCUGAUAGGAUCAGGCGAGGAAGUCUAUGUGUGAAAGAUUUUAACCCCUCUAAAUUCUCUGAAUCUCUUUCUAAACUGAAAGAGGAACAAAUCGCUCAAGAAGUAGCUCAUCUACAGAAUUCUCUUCGUCUUGAGAAGCCUCAUUUCAUUAAGGAGAAAGGAUUCAAUAGUUAUUCCCAAAUAUUCGAUACAAAAGAUAGUCGGAAUUUCGAGAGCCUUCCGAAUUCCCAGUCACAAAAUGUUAAUAUGAAGGAUAUAGAUGCCUAUAAUCCCAUGAGGACCUCCACAGACCCUCAAUCGGACUCGAAUAAGACAUUUGAAGAAAUUAAAAAGGAUAAAUAGAAUAAGAGAAAGAAUGGUCCAGAAAAUUAGGCAAUACGAACAAAACAAAAUUCAGCAGCUGCUUGAGAAAGACAGAGAAAGCCAAGCCCUCCUAAAGGACCAGAAGCUUAAGGAACGCAAGGAAUACCUAAUGCAAAUUGCAGAUCAAAGACACUCGCGACAUAAGAAAAAUAAGGAACUAUUGAAAACAGGAAAUCAACGCUUAAAGAAGAUAAUGGAAACUAUCCCCUUGCACAAGAAGCUUGAGGAAGAGUAUAGCCAUCUUCAUAGCUUAAGCACCAAGACAAUCUACCCGAAAGAGGCAGUUGAUAUGGAAGAAUUAGAUCGUCACUCAAGGAACUACAAGCAUAUUAAGGAAGCUCUACUUCAGAAGAAAAUAAUGGAUAGAAAACAUGAGAUACAAAUGAAAUUUUGUGAAAAUAGAAGAGCUAAAAGCCGUGUUUACAAGUCCAAGCAUCUUCAAGAUAUAAUCAAUGAAAAUCUAAAAUUUAAAGAAAAAUUUAAGCUAAAAGAAGAGUUGGCAAAGCUACGUAAAAACAGGAUCAAGAAUUAUGAUCACAAUGUGAGAGAGUGAUAUCGACCAGUCAUCUCUAAAGAUAAGCAAGAUGAAGUUAAAAGCCGGAUUGAACUUCUUAACAGAUCGCAUCAUAAUAAGAGUCAUAAUGAAUACUCAACCAAUCAUUCCAGAAAGUCCCCGUUAAUCCAGGAGAAUUCUGAGGAUGAAAAUAAGUUAAUCAAGAGAUCUGGGUCACUUUCCUCUGCUAACAAGAAGUACAAAAGGAAGAAAUUCAAGCCAAAUCCUAUGGUUCCACCUCCUAAGGUAAAGAAAGAGCCUAUUGAGUUGAAAUACCUUGAAAAUAAGAGAAGAAAGAAAGGUCCAACAGGAGACAGAGAUUCUCAGGAUUACAAGCCAUACAAGCCGUAUCAGUGGGACUCAGAGAUUAAGGACAAGAAGGGACUGGAAAAGUUUGACUUCGUAUUAGAUAAAUCCCACCAGAUCUCCGCUAAUGAAGACAUGCAGGAGAAAUACCUUAGGCACGCUGACUAAUAACCGCUCUAGGAAUAAAAAUACAGGAAAUAUAUCUAUAGACCAAACUAAAAACCUUAAUGAGAUGUUGAUAGAUGUGAUAAAGGCUAAAAUUUCCCUCCUGGAUAAUCUAUAGCUCAUCUAAAAUUUAU